CUGGCCUAAAGUUGGAUCUGCGCCACACCACCACUAAUUGACAGUUCCUUAUUGCAUUCGUGUCUGUCUGUACAUUGGACUCGACUCAUACAAACCAAAACCCAAGUCACGGCCGGCUCGACUUGUUUCUUUACACUCGUUUUCUUUUUAAUUACAGUACGGACGAUCUCAUAUUCUACUUUUGCAACUUUCAUCAUUCAUCAUGCUCAACAUCGAUUGGAAGGGCCUUGCCCUCCCCUUUGCCUAUGUUCUCGUCCUCGGCAGCGCACUCAUGACAUUCUCGACAAUCUACCGAAAAAGAAAAGCUGCUGAGAGCGCCAACUUGGCUCCGUGGUUCGGCCCUCACCUCCAGCGCAACGUCUACCUGUCCCUGCUACACCUCGAGGACGGCUCCGAAAAGGGACCCAAGAUUCCCGAAAGCGUUCUACGAGCUGCCCUUUUGCGUCGCGCCGUCGAAGAUAUCCGUCGUCUGAUCCAGAUCAAGUCUGCGAAGCAAGCAUGUGGUUCUCUGCUGCAACGAGGCAGUGUGGGUGAUGAUCUGUGGCAGCGAUUCCAGCGCGCCGAGAAGGAGAUGGAGGAGGAGCUCAGAGAUGUCGUCACAGAGGCCAACGCUCUCGCACCAAACUGGGGCCAGUCCAUCUUCCAAUCCGCCCACGAAAUGACCGCCAAUGCUACCAUGCGCAGCUCAAUCGAAGAGAUCCUCGCCCAAGCCGAGUCAGAGAAGCAGUGGUGGGAGAAGCGCCGAGGACAGAUCCAGUCAGAGUUCAUGAAGGAGCUCGACGGCUCUGAGCAGAGCUCUUCUGCCAAGACUGCCAGCGAGGAGGAUGCCGUCAUGGUCGACACGCCUUCAAAGAAGAAGGGCAAGAAGUAAACAGUUGGAGAUGUCCUGUGUGGGUUGCAAGAAUAUGGGAUUGGGGUGUCUUUAUAGGUAUAUACAUGGUUCCGGACCUACCUCUUCAAAUUUUGGUUGUAGUAUACCACAUGUCACUUUGUUGCAAGGCGCACACUCUUGGUGUGUAUGGGAAGAAGGGAGGGAAAUCCACACCAGCGGCGUUGAGGUUGACUUUUGAAAAUAGUAGCAUGGGCUUCUUCUCUAUUGAUAUAUAUGUAUAGGCUCUUUCACCUCGCCUUACUCCCUUGAAAAUGCAGUGAUGCACGCUGGCUAGUGGCCAUGUCUAGCAAUGCGACCGACCCAAGAUGCAGCAACAAGAAUGCAGAGAACACGCAGAAAGGACAUGCAAAACUCCUGAAAAUCAAAUACCCCCAAAGAUUGAAAGCAGACUGUCCUCCGUUAUUAAUCACAGUAACACCGUAUGCCUCGGAUUGCUUGAUGCAUUAGGAAAAGUGCUUUCGCCUCCAAAGAUCCUCUUCGGCUGCGAGUCUCGCCUUUCGUGCCUCUGCUAGGAUCUCCUCCUCCGUCUUAAGAAGGAUGGGGGAUUCACAGCCCCGAAGACCGAUAAACUUGCCCAUCUUGCGUCGCUUCUCCUCAAGAGGCAGAUCAGAUCUCCAGGUGACUGGGCAGGGGUACUGAUUUGUCCAAGGCGAUGGCGUCCUCUGGUGGUAGAAAUGUGCAAGCGACUCUAGCUGCUCAUCGGUGAGGAGCCAAAAGUUGAGGACCGUGGUGGGAAAAGAAGGAUGAACAGCGCCUGUGGUGAGCUGGACAAGAGGUGCAAGUGGAAGAGCCAUCUGUUCCAGCUUUCGUUGAAGAUUUGGGUUCUUUGCGAGUCUUCGCUGACCAAAGGCCCUGUGAUGCCGUGAAGGAAUCUCUCCUCGCAUCAUUCUGGCGGUUGUUGUAAGUGGUGACGAUGGUGAGCGGUUGGCUUGUAAGAAGAAGAGAGGAAGAGGAGAGAUUGAGUGUCUGGGGCAAUGAUGUAUCAAGUAUUUGUAGUAGUCAAGAGGUCAAAACAGCCCAAUCUCUUAUUCUCUGCAAGAUUCACUUCUGAGUAAGAAUAUUUCUUGGUCUAUGAUCAACGAUCACAAGAUCAUACGUAAUGUGAUGGUGGAUUGGAUUGGAUUGGCUUUGGCGGGGUGGCUAUCGACAAGCGAAGCGAACAAGCGGUCUUCUCCGUAGAGUCCGGUGAGUGAGUGAGUGAGUAAGUAAGUAAGUAAGCAAAUGAAUGAAUGAAUGAAUGACAACACAGACUCUUGUUUGAGUUUCGUAGUCAAUUCCUUGAUCUGCGGGAGGUCCAACUUUGGUUAAUCAGAAGAACAGAGACGGACAGAAAAGCAGAGGGUGGGAGGGAUAUAUAAUAGACAAGAGGCUAUGCUAUGGACUUCUUUAGUUGAAACAAGAUUCUGACCUCUCUUUCUUUCUUAAUACCAAAGCAAGAUCUCUCCCCGCCCUUUGGGUCUUUGGGUCUGGGAACUAAAGCAAGACUAAGAUCGCGAACAGCCAGUUGAAGGGUCUUUGUGACCGAAGCCGUUCGAUUGGCCUUGUUUCUUUUGGAACAGGGCCUCACCUCCCGGGCACCUUGCGCAGUGAACAGCUCAGCUCGACUUAGCAGCUACACGUUAACUAACCCACACACCCCCCGAGGCGAGGAGAGGACCCAGACGAGAUGCUGUUCUGGGUAAAGUCUUCU